UUCAGGGUGCCGCAUUUAAAAAUUUUGCUUCGUCUCGUUCAAUUUGAAGAGCAGUUUCAAACUCUUCUGAAUUUCGUGAUGUAUAUAAAGCAGGUUGUAAUAGAAGGGUUUAAGAGUUACAGGGAACAGAUCUCAACUGAAACAUUCAGUCCCAAAGUUAAUUGUGUUGUUGGUGCUAAUGGCUCCGGUAAAUCUAAUUUCUUCCACGCAAUACGCUUUGUAAUAAGUGACCUAUUCCAUAACUUGCGUAAUGAAGAAAGGCAAGCAUUGCUGCAUGAAGGUGCAGGCCACCAGGUGUUAUCAGCAUUUGUGGAGAUCGUGUUCGACAACUCGGACAAUCGUAUCCCUGUUGAUAAAGAGGAAGUCCGGCUAAGGAGAACAAUUGGUGUCAAGAAAGACGAAUAUUUCUUGGAUGGAAAACAUAUCACGAAGACAGAAGUCAUGAAUCUGCUGGAAAGUGCCGGAUUCUCUCGUUCAAAUCCUUAUUAUGUUGUGCAGCAGGGAAAGAUUGCAUCAUUAACAUUGAUGAAAGAUUCUGAGCGGUUGGAUCUGCUAAAGGAAAUUGGGGGGACUAGGGUAUAUGAAGAGCGACGUCGUGAAAGCUUGAAAAUCAUGCAGGAUACUGGUAACAAGAGGAAGCAGAUUAUUCAAGUUGUACAAUACUUGGAUGACCGACUACGUGAGCUUGAUGAAGAGAAAGAGGAAUUGAAAAAAUAUCAGCAGCUUGACCGGCAAAGGAAGUCUUUGGAGUAUACCAUUUAUGAUAAAGAACUCCAUGAUGCGAAGCAGCAAAUGGCAAAGAUAGAUGAGGAUCGAUAUAUGGUUUCUAAAAUAUCUGCGACAAUGUAUAAUAGUGUUUUAGAUGCCCAUGAGAAGUGCAAGGAGUUAGACAAAUUGCUUAAAGAUCUGACCAAAGAAGCUCAGAUAUUGAGCAGAGAGAAAGAAGCGGUAGAGAAACAAAAGAUAGAAGCUAUAAAGAAGCGUGCAAAACUUGAGCUUGAUAACAAAGACUUUGAUGAUAAGAUUAGAGGAAAUAUUAGAGCUAAGGAGGAUGCUGUGAUACAACUUGAGCUUUUGGAAAAAGAAAUUGAGGAAUCCAACACUGAGCUGACUAGUGUCAAGAACUCGCAUGAUUUGCAGAUCGGGGAGGAGGAGCGUUUGACUCUAGGGAUUAUGGACAGUGAAAAGAAGCUUAGCAUUCUAUAUCAGAAACAAGGGCGUGCAACACAGUUUGGUAAUAAAGCAGAUCGUGACCGGUGGCUAACAAAAGAAAUUAAGGACUAUGAGCAAGUUUUGUCCUCUAACCUUGUACAGGAGAAAAAACUUAGUGAUGAAAUUGAGCAGCUCAACAGAGAGAUCAGCACGCAGGAUGACUACAUAAAGGGGCGAAAAGAUGAUGCAGCAAAGUUAGAAUCUUCAAUUUCUGGAUAUAGACACAGCUACAACCAGUUCAAAGUGGAGAGAGACAAACUGCAUGAUGAGCGGAAGACAUUGUGGGGAAGAGAAAGUGAGCAAGCUGCUGAAAUUGAAAGGCUCAAGUCGGAUGUUCUUAAAGCAGAGAAAAGCCUUGAUCAUGCCACUGCUGGUGAUAUAAGAAGAGGACUUAAUUCUGUGAGGAGGAUAUCUGAUCAGCACGGUAUUGGUGGAGUAUAUGGCCCUGUUAUUGAGUUGCUAGAGUGCGAUGAAAAAUAUUUCACAGCUGUUGAAGUUACUGCUGGAAACAGCUUAUUCCAGGUGGUGGUUGAAAAUGAUGAUAUAUCAACCAAAAUAAUUGGGCACCUCAAUGCACAGAAAGGCGGCCGGGUCACAUUUGUACCCUUGAACAGGGUGAAAGCCCCACACGUCACAUAUCCACAGAGCUCUGAUGUGAUACCGCUUUUGAAGAAAUUGAAUUUCUUAGAGAAAUAUCGUGCAGCCUUUGGUCAGGUGUUUGCAAAGACUGUAAUUUGCAGAGAUUUAGAUGUUGCUUCGAGAGUUGCCCGUGCUGAUGGUUUGGACUGCAUCACAUUGGAAGGUGAUCAAGUAAACAAAAAGGGUGGCAUGACUGGUGGGUUUUAUGACUAUAGGCGUUCCAAACUGAAAUUUAUGAGCACCAUUAGACAGAAUAUGAAGUCGGUGAAGAAAAAGGAAGAUGAACUAAAUAAAAUCAGAGACGAACUUCAAAUGACUGACCAGAAAAUCAAUGAGCGGGUGGCUGAGCAGCAAAAAAAUGAUGCCAAGAUGGCCCAUGAAAAAUCUGUACUUGAACAGUUGAAGCAGGAUGUAAUGAAUGCUGAGAAGCAAAAGCAUUCUAUCUCGAAAUCACGUCGUGAGAAGAAAAAGCUCCUUCCCAGUGUAUUAAAUCAAAUAAAGCAGAAUAGAGAUAAUAUUGCUAUGAAGAAAGAUGAAAUGGGAACUGAACUUGUUGAUCACUUGACACCAGAAGAAAAAGAGUCUCUCUCUCGUUUGAACCCUGAAAUAACUAAUCUGAAGCAACAGCUAAUUACCUGCAGGAGCAACCGCAUGGAGACUGAAACAAGAAAAGCAGAGCUGGAGAUGAACCUAUCUACUAAUCUUGUUAGGCGAAAGGAAGAGUUGGAGGCUGUAAUGCUAUCUUCAGACAAUGAUGUGUUGCAAGCAGAAGCUGAGUUGAAAAGGCAGGAGUUAAUGGAUACCAAUUCAUUAGUUGGUCAAUUGACCCAGGAGCUAAAGAGUGUAACUCAGAGUAUAGAUGAGACAAAAAGGAAAAUGGAAGAGAUUAAAGUUGAAAAGGAUGAGCUAAAGGGAUUUGAAGAUGAGUACCGAACUACUCUCCAGGAUGAAGCAAAAGAACUGGAACAGUUAUUGAGUAAGAAGAAUAUAUAUGUGGCCAAGCAAGAGGAGUACUCAAAGAAAAUCCGGGAAUUGGGUCCCCUAUCGUCUGAUGCUUUUGAAACGUACAAACGGAAGAGUAUUAAAGAAUUAUAUAAAUUGCUUCAUAAGUGUAAUGAGGAACUGAAAAAAUUCAGCCAUGUUAACAAAAUGGCACUUGAUCAGUAUGUCAACUUCACAGAGCAAAGAGAAGAGCUCCAGAAAAGAGAAGCUGAGCUGAAUGCUGGUGAUGAGAAAAUCAAAGAACUCAUAACUGUUUUGGAUAUGAGGAAGGAUGAAUCAAUUGAACGCACGUUUAAAGGCGUAGCCAAGCACUUCCGAGAAGUGUUUUCUGAACUCGUACAAGGAGGUCAUGGCUUUUUAGUUAUGAUGAAGAAAAAGGAUAUGGAGGAUGCCGAUAAUGAUCUAGAUGAUGAUGAGCCUCGUUCAGUGGAUACAGAGAGCAGGGUUGAGAAAUACAUUGGUGUCAAAGUGAAGGUUUCUUUUACUGGGCAAGGGGAGACGCAGUCGAUGAAACAAUUAUCCGGGGGGCAAAAAACUGUGGUUGCUCUAGCACUAAUCUUUGCCAUUCAGCGAUGUGAUCCUGCACCAUUUUACCUUUUUGAUGAGAUAGAUGCAGCACUUGACCCCCAGUACCGAACUGCAGUCGGGAACAUGGUUCGUCGUCUGGCAGACAUGGCCAGCACUCAGUUUAUUACUACAACAUUUCGUCAAGAGCUAGUGAAAGUCGCUGACAAGAUAUAUGGUGUGACGCACAAAAACAGAGUCAGCCGAGUCAAUGUAAUCACCAAAGAAGAUGCUUUAGAUUUUAUCGACCAUGAUCAAUCCCACAACGAGAGAGAUGGGAAAACUUUCAUGACAAGCAGCGUAGAAUGACUCUAACAGGACAGCUCUGUACUAGGUAGAAAACUGAUAGUUACUAUACUAUAUUAUAGCUUGUGUAUAUAGCUUUGAUUAAUUAGAUGCUAAUGUAUUUUAUGUGAUGAAACCUG